AUGGAGAUAGUGCCACCAUACAUGACUGUCCCUCCCUAUUGUGAACUAAAACCAUCAAGUGUAGAGUUCAAUAAAAUUGGUAUAUGGGCAAAACAUUUUAUCAAAGCAGAUAGUCGCUUUGGACCAUAUGAAGGAGUUAAGAAGAAACUGACGGAAAAAUCUGAUUCGUACUAUUCAUGGGAGAUAAAGGGGCCAUCAGGAAGGCGGUUAUUCUGUAUAGAUGCAUCCGAUCCUAGGACAUCUAAUUGGCUGAGAUAUAUUAGAGGUGCCCGUUAUUAUGAAGAACAAAACAUGGUGGCAGUCCAACACAACAAACAGAUUUUCUACAAAACAAUUAAGGACAUCAGUCCAAAUGAAGAAUUAUUAUGUUGGUAUAAUAUCCCAGUGGAAUAUACAGAGUAUGAAGAAGUAGAUAAAAUAGAAAGUUCUACAGUUGAAAAAACCACAUCACAUAUCGGCAGCAAACCAACAACAGAUCUACCCAGGAAAAGAGGCAGACCACCAAGCAGGAAACGAAAUAGGAAUAACAAAGCGCUCAACACAACAGACAAAACUGACAAUUCACCUGAAAAGGAUUGUCCGAGAAAGAGAGGGAGAACAUACACUCAUGAGAAAUAUACGUUGAACAAUAUGAGAGAAUGUGUAAAUAAAGAAACUCAAUUAGAUCAAAUGUCCACUGUUUGGAGAGAUGCAGAUUUGAAGCAGCCAUUGAAAGAACAAUUUGCUGAAACAUGUCAGGACGUAAUAAACACAGAGUCUAGCAUAUCAAAGAAACUGACUGGGCAAAGCUCUUUCACAGAUAAGGUUGGAAAGAACAUAUCAGUUCCCUGUAAUGGAACAUCAGACAAAGUGAAUGACUUGCCUAGGAAGGCUGGACUAAAGAUCCUGGCGGAAACAAACUCUGAUUCCAAUACAGGUACUAAUGAUUCAAAACCUGACAACCACAAAGGCUGUAAUGCGAUGGAAUUACCCAAUGCAGAUACUCAGGGUACUCUAGAUAAGCCAAAUAAAGACAGUCUUGAAUACAAUUCAGAGAUCGUGCUAGAGAGAGAAGAUACAAACAAAGUCGUUGGGCAGGUGGGAAUUCUCCAACCUGUGACUUGUGAAGUAGAACGUUUGGAGACAACUAAUAUCAACAGUAAUUUAGACGUUUUUAAUACCCCAACAAAGGGGAAAAAGCAGGCAACUGAGCAAAACGAAAAGGUUUUGCAAGAAGAGCAAGAGAAGACCAAAGAUGAAACAGUGAGUGUUGCAUACAAUGCAGAUGAUAGUCUAACAGAGGCCAAUACAAAUAAAGACAGUCCUGCAUACAAUUCAGGGAAACUGCUAGAGAGAGAAGAUACAGAUAAAGUCAUUGGGCAGGUGGGAAUUCUCCAACCUGUGACUUGUGAAGUAGAACGUUUGGAGACAACUAAUAUCAACAGUAAUUUAGACGUUUUUAAUACCCCAAUAAAUGGGGAAAAGCAGGCAACUGAGCAAACCGAAAAGGUUUUGCAAGAAGAGCAAGAAAAUAUCAAAGAUGGAACAACGAGUAAUGCAUACAAUGCUGAUUAUAGUUUAACAGAGGCCAAUACAAAUAAAGAUAGUCUUGAAAACAAUUCAGGGAUAGUGCUAGAGAGGGGAGAUACUGACAAAGUCAUUGGGCAGGAGGGAAUUCUCCAACCAGUGACUUGUGGAGUAGAACGUUUGGAGACAACGAAUAUCAACAGUAAUUUAGACGUUUUUAAUACCCCAAUAAAUGGGAAAAAGCAGGCAACUGAGCAAAACGAAAUAGUUUCGCAAGAAGAGCAAGAGAAGACCAAAGAUGAAACAAUGAACUUUGCAACAGAUACUAAGACAAUUAAUGACAGUCCUGAAUACAAUUCAGGGAUAGUGCUAGAGAGAGAAGAUACAGACAGCGUCACUGGGCAAGUGGGAAUUCCCCAACCUGUGACUUGUGAAGUAGAACGUUUGGAGACAACGAAUAUCAACAGUAAUUUAGACGUUUUUAAUACCCCAACAAAUGGGAAAAAGCAGGCAACUGAAAAAAAGGAAAAGGUUUUGCAAGAAGAGCAAGAAAAGAUAAAAAAUGGAGCAGUGAAUGUUGCAUACAAUGCUGAUGAUAGUAUAACAAAGGCCAAGACAAAUAAAGACAGUUCUGAAUACAAUUCAGGGAUAGUGCUAGAGAGGGAAGAUACUGACAAAGUCAUUGGGCAGGUGAGAAUUCUCCAACCUGUGACUUGUGAAGUAGAAUGUAUGGAGACAACGAAUAUCAACAGUGAUGUUGACGUUUUUAAAACCCCAAUAAAUGAGAAAAAGCAGGCAACUGAGGAAAUGGUUUUGCAAGAAGAACAAGAGAAGAUCAAAAAUGGAUCAAUGAACGUUGCAACAGAGACUAAGACAAAUAAAAACAGUUCUGAAUACAAUUCAGGGAUAGUGCUAGAGAGAGAAGAUACAUACAAAGACAUUGGGCAUGUGGGAAUUCUCCAACCUGUGCCUUGUGAAGUAGAACGUAUGGAGUCAACGAAUAUCAACAGUAAUUUAGACGUUUUUAAUACCCCAAUAAAUGGGAAAAAGCAGGCAACUGAGCAAAACGAAAUAGUUUUGCAAGAAGAGCAAGAGAAGACCAAAGAUGAAACAAUGAACUUUGCAACAGAUACUAAGACAAUUAAUGACAGUCCUGAAUACAAUUCAGGGAUAGUGCUAGAGAGAGAAGAUACAGACAGCGUCACUGGGCAAGUGGGAAUUCCCCAACCUGUGACUUGUGAAGUAGAACGUUUGGAGACAACGAAUAUCAACAGUAAUUUAGACGUUUUUAAUACCCCAACAAAUGGGAAAAAGCAGGCAACUGAAAAAAAGGAAAAGGUUUUGCAAGAAGAGCAAGAAAAGAUAAAAAAUGGAGCAGUGAAUGUUGCAUACAAUGCUGAUGAAAGUAUAACAAAGGCCAAGACAAAUAAAGACAGUUCUGAAUACAAUUCAGGGAUAGUGCUAGAGAGGGAAGAUACUGACAAAGUCAUUGGGCAGGUGAGAAUUCUCCAACCCGUGACUUGUGAAGUAGAAUGUAUGGAGACAACGAAUAUCAACAGUGAUGUUGAUGUUUUUAAAACCCCAAUAAAUGAGAAAAAGCAGGCAACUGAGGAAAUGGUUUUGCAAGAAGAACAAGAGAAGAUCAAAAAUGAAUCAAUGAACGUUGCAACAGAGACUAAGACAAAUAAAAACAGUUCUGAAUAUAAUUCAGAGAUAGUGCUAGAGAAAGAAGAUACAUACAAAGACAUUGGGCAUGUGGGAAUUCUCCAACCUGUGCCUUGUGAAGUAGAACGUAUGGAGUCAACGAAUAUCAACAGUAAUCUUGACGUUUUUAAUACCCCAACAAAUGGGAAAAAGCAGGCAACUGAAAAAAAGGAAAAGGUUUUGCAAGAAGAGCAAGAAAAGAUAAAAAAUGGAGCAGUGAAUGUUGCAUACAAUGCUGAUGAUAGUAUAACAAAGGCCAAGACAAAUAAAGACAGUUCUGAAUACAAUUCAGGGAUAGUGCUAGAGAGAGAAGAUACUGACAAAGUCAUUGGGCAGGUGAGAAUUCUCCAACCUGUGACUUGUGAAGUAGAAUGUAUGGAGACAACGAAUAUCAACAGUGAUGUUGACGUUUUUAAAACCCCAAUAAAUGAGAAAAAGCAGGCAACUGAGGAAAUGGUUUUGCAAGAAGAACAAGAGAAGAUCAAAAAUGGAUCAAUGAACGUUGCAACAGAGACUAAGACAAAUAAAAACAGUUCUGAAUACAAUUCAGGGAUAGUGCUAGAGAGAGAAGAUACAUACAAAGACAUUGGGCAUGUGGGAAUUCUCCAACCUGUGCCCUGUGAAGUAGAACGUAUGGAGUCAACGAAUAUCAACAGUAAUCUUGACGUUUUUGAAACUUUAACAAAUGGGAAAAAGCUGACAACAGAGGAAAAGGUUCUGCAAGAAGAGCAAGAGAAAAUCAAAUAUGGAACAGUGAAUGUUGCAUACAAUGCUGAUGAUAGUAUAACAGAGGCCAAUACAAAUAAAGAUGGUCCUGAAUAUAAUUCAGGGAUAGUGCUCAAGAGAGAAGAUACAGACAGGGUCACUGGGCUAGUGGGAAUUCUCCAACCUGUGACUAGUGAAGUAGAGCAUACAGAGACAAAGAAUAUCAACAGUAAUUGUGACGUUUUUAAAAUCCCACAAAAUGGGAAAAAGCAGGCAACUGAGAAAAAGGAAAAGGUUUUGCAAGAAGAGCAAGAGAAGACCAAAGGUGGAACAGUGAAUGUUCCUUACAAUAAAAAUGAUUGUCUCAUAGAGGCCAAGAAAAAUAAAGACAGUCCUGAAUACAAUUCAGGGAUAGUGCCAGAGAGGGAUGAUACAGACAAAGUCAUUGGGCAAGUGGGUAUUCUCCAACCCGUGACUUGUGAGCCGAUGCAAACAUUGAAUGUCAAAAGGAGUAUUGAGGAUGCAAAGGGCUGGCAAGAAACCCCGCAAAAUAGAAAAAAACAGAUUGUCUGGCAAAAGCAAAUAAGUUCUGAUAAAGUGCAGAUGACCAAGAAUGGAAUACCGAGUCUUGCAUACAAUGCAAAUGGUUGCAUGGGGGCGGGGAAGACAGACAAGUCUGUACAGGUGCGAGAUGACUUUACAAAAGCAGGAGCAUCUCAUACUGAACAAGAAGUAAACACUAAAGAACACUUAAAUCAUUUGGACGAAAUGGACAUUAUGAAUUCGAAAAAUGCAGUGUGUGUUGGUGAUGAUACAAUUGUGAAACAAGUAAUCAGCAAUGCCUAUAAAGACAAUAAACUAUCAAAUAAUCCACAAGGAUGUGACAGUACAGUAAAAGAAACAGCAUUAAGCGCCAUAGUGGUAAAAGAAUGUCCAAUGGAUAAGACUUUAGGGGAAAAAGAUAUUGUUGAAAGGAUAUCCACUAUUGUUCAAGGUGAACUUAAGCAAUACUGUAGUGGUCGUAGCACAACAAAAGUGACAGUCAGAGAACCACAACUAGCUAUUGGCAAGUAUGAAUUAAACAAAGAAGUGACCUCUGUAGGAAAAAUGGAUCUGGAUUAUGAGAAAACUGCAGUAAAUAAAACUAUGCACGUGCCCAAAAGGAUAUCAACGGGAGUUGGUAAUGAUGGGGAAUUUAACAAAGUUGUCAAAGAAAACCAGCAAAGGACUAAUGAUAGUUCAGCUAUUGAUAAACAGGAAAACCAAAAAACAGUGAUGGAAACAAAAAUGAAACCAACAAACGAUGAUGACUGUACAAGUGAGAAAAACCACAGUGUAGUUUGUAGUGACAAACACAUAAUCAGUAACGACCAAUCAGUCCAUCAACAAAAAAAUGAAUGUGACAGUCCACAUCAUAUUUCUAUCACCAGUAUUGAAGGGAGACUAAAGAUGAGCAUUAAGCCCUCUGAUUACACAAUUGGAGAAAGAAUAGUGAAUGUGCAACCACCCCCAUUAUUAAAAGCAGACAGCCAAAAUCAAACACAUAAUGUUGUGUCCACCUGUAUGAAAGAAGGAACUGCAGAUAAAGGGGAGCAUGAGUCAAACCAUACUUUUAGGAGAGUUGUAGAACAAUAUAUACAACAGGCAGAUUCACAGAGUGCAGAUGAAAUUGUACAUAGUGAAGGGCGUAAAUUGGGGAGUAGUCCACCAGAUAUCACAGAACAGUUAACAUUAGAAUAUGAACCUUUAGACAAACGUAUAUGUAAGGAAAUGGAAGCUAUUGAUGGAAAAUGCGAGUAUGAGUCGAGUAGACCAUAUCUACUUGAAUUAUCAGCAGGUAUGAUCAUGGGAGGCAAAAGCAAUAAUACAGAAGCCCCAUACGCGAGGGAUGAGGAGGAGAUACAGACAACUGAGGAAACAGCAGAUAAUGAUGGUGGUAAAUAUGAAUCAGAAAAAGCAAUUAAUGUUAGUGAAAACACCAUUUUGGAAGAAGCUCCCGAGCCAAAGCAGAAUGUAGUGGAGACGAGAGAAGAUCCUGACCAAAAACUGAAUGAUAGUAAUGGUGUAUUUGACAAAGGAUUUGUCUCUAUGGAAGUAAAGUUACUAGAAGAAAAUAUAGAACAUGUGGAAAGCACUGAAGAAAUAUCAAGUGAUAUUUUAUAUAAAACAGAAGGUGAUGUCAUUGACCUGCUACAGCCAAUGAUUUUGGAAGUUGGAAAUUUAUUGGCUAAACCAACAAAUGACAAUAUAGACACAUCUCAAGUAAGAACAAAUCAGAAAACAAAUCCUGAAUGUGAAACAGAAGUGAGUACUUUCAACUGGUCAAAACUGGAAGGCAGCACAUCCGGAGAAAGAACGAAAGAGAAAGUUUCAAAGAGACUGAAGAUGUCGGAAGAUAGCCAUCAUAGAUUGGAAGAUAGUGUGAUUGACUGGUCAGAAAAAAUCAAAAUCAAAACUUCCCAUCAGAACGCACCAGAUGAAGCAACGCAUUGUACAUUUCAAAUUGAUGCUUCUGAUGAAAAAAAAGAAGAACUUCCAGAAGAACAAAAUAUAUCAGAAGAUGGACAGCCUAAAUUGAAUUAUAGUGUAAUUGACCUGUCAACUGUGAAACCUAAUGGGGAAUAUGCACAAAAGGUGAAAGCACAAACAGUGAGUGCAGAAAAUCAGAUUCCUGGUGAAUUAUUAGAAUGCAAUGUACAUAAACUGCCAAAAUGUAUGUUUGAAUCGAAAAUACUAGUUAACAGCAGUGAUGCCAGCAUUAUGGAAAGUGUUACAGCAAAAGAAAUAGGAAAGGACCUUUUAAUAUGUACUAUACUGCCAGAUAAUAGUGACCCAUCUAACUCAGAAGGAAAAACUGUCAAACCAUCAAAAAUGAUAGCUGAAGCGAAAAAUGUCAGUGACAAAUCUGUAGCAGACAAUUGCAGUAUGGAUAUUGAAGCAUCAGUGGAUAUGAAAGAUGAGCAGAAAAGUGAUAUAACCAGUGACAUUACAUUGAGAGAUUUUACAGAACAUGCAUCUUCAGUGAUAGUUCAGAUAAAUGAUGGCAGCAACAAUAAUUUGGUCAACUCAAUUUUGCAGGGUGAGAACAUAAAUGAAUCUAAGAGAAGGACAGUGGAACAUAUACAGAAUAAAGACGAGCUGUCUGAAAUUUGCCAUCAUACAAUGUAUGUAAGUGCUGUUGACCAAUUAGAACCAACAACAGUGACAACAGAUAAUGAAAAUAUAUUAAAUGACACUGUGGAAGUGGAUGGCUCUAAUAAAAGAGAGGAAGAUACAAAAAAUAAGAAUCAGCUGAUGAAAGAUGUUGGCGAAAAUGCACUAGAGGAAACACAAUCCACAACUGAAGUAGAAGAGAUUGUUGAUGAACCUUCAGGAGACUAUAAAUUGCAAUUGACAAAAUAUACACCUGACACAUCAAAAGAAGUACAGGUAAAUGAUGAGACCAUCAACAAACCAGUAAACAAUGGUAAACGUGAGGCAGAGGAUAACAAGAAUCUGUUGCAAAUUAAAGCUGUUGAAGACAUCAGUAUAGGACUUUCAGAAAGUGAAGACAAUUGCAAAAUGGAAGUGGGAUCAUGCAAUGAGAAGAUAGAAGAGCUGAUUACUGCUUCUUAUGAAGGUAAUUCAAAGGAACUGUCGAACUGCGCAUCAUCAUCAGAGGUGGUACAUAUGAAAGAGAGUGUGUUGGACAAUGACUCAUUUGGCAGCAUGGAUAUAGAAACAGUAGAAAAGAUAAAGCAAUAUGGUGUGAUUGACCUAUCAGUGAAUAGCAGUGCUACACUAAAUGACACUAUGAAAAUUGAAACAUCAGCAAAAACAAGAGAUGAAAUGAAGUUUGAUGAAACACUACUAGAUAUUCAGGAGAAAUUAGCAAAAUAUAUUUGCGAAGCAACUAAUAACAGACAAGAGGAACAGAUUACCGACAAUUCCUUAGUUCAUUCAGUAAACAGAAAAAUAGAAGAGAAUACAGAAAAUCUGAAUGUGAAUACAAAUCAUGCACAGAUACUUGCAUUAUGCAAAACAGAGUCCUCACAGACAGCAUUACAAGUAAAUGGUAGUGACAAUACAUUGCACAACGACAAAUAUAAAAUAGGGGAAAUGUCAGAACAUGGCCAAUAUAAGAUGGAAGAUUGUGUUGUGGACUUGUCAACAGUACCAGAUGCAUCAGUAAACAUCAUCAAAACAACAUUUUGUAGUAUGGAGGUAAAAACGUCCACAGAACAACCAGAAGAUGGCCAACUUAUAAAGAGGGACACUGUGAUGCUACCAAUAGUUGUGAAAGAAGAUGGCGAACUUUUAAAUAACUCAAGUAAUGACAGUAUAUUAGGUAACCCUCCACAAGUGGUAACAGAUAAACUUCAUAAUUAUGUAGAUAAUGGUAAUGAUGGUUAUAAUAUUCAGAAUGUCAAGAAUAACACUGAGUGUUUAAGCAAUGAAGCGGCAUUUGACAAUAUGGAAGGACAAAUAUUGACUACUGAUAAAGAGGUGAAUAGUGGCCAAGAGCAAUUUGAAAGCUUUGUGAUAAAUCUUUCAAAAAGGGUAGAUACAGAAGAUGAUAAUAAAUUGGUCGUAGCACCAAUUGACAAUAUAGAUUAG